UGUCACGCACCCACACUCCAAAAAGUGCUUCUUCGGGCAAAGGGAGCCUUUGGGGGCAUGAUGGCAGAGGAGAGCAGGGGCAAACGAAGGAAGCAAGCGAACCCGAGAAGGAAUCAAGUGGACAUUGAGCAGGCCAGUUCACUAGGCUCGGAGGGGAAGGAUGAUGAUAAGGUGGGUUUGUGGAGCCUAGAGGUCCAGGACUAUCAGGACAGCCUGGACAAGACCAGUCUGACCCCCAGCGAGGGAGAGGGUGACGGGGAGGGGACUGAGCCAGCAGGCAGCCCCAGCCCUAGGGGCCUCUCAACUCGGCCCCACAACCUAAGCCUCAGCCCCAGCCCCAGAGGGGGCCACUGGGCAGAGGGGACCGAGGAGGAGGAGAGCCCUGGGAGUGGGCUAACCAUGGAGGACAAGGAUGGAGAGAGGGAGCAGGGAUCACUCAAUACCUAUACAGGUCACAGGUCAGACAGUCAGGCCCUGGAGGACAUGGCUCACUAUGACUUUCUGGUGCAGCUGAGAAAGGCAUCCUCCCACCACCCUGCCUCCCACCACUACCACCAGCACCAUCAGCCCCCUAACGGCAGCGCUACAGCCCCAGCCAUGUAUCACCCUGGCAGCCUGAACCUUCACGAUGACCCCCUUCCCAUCUGGUCUCCUGGGACGCAGCGCUCACCUGAGGGACAAGAUGGCAUCCCUCUGAGUCCGGAUGCUAUUAGGAACCUUCAGGCAUGUCCUUUCUGCAAGCGCACCUACCACCUCGGUAUGUCUCUACGCGAGCACAUCAAGUUCUGCCAUGAGCGGGACGGGGGGCACAUGGUGUGCCCGGUCUGUGGGUACACUCCCCGCUAUAGGGCACAGAUGGAACAACACAUGGCACUGCACAGUCAGGUAGAGGAUAAGCACCCUGGGUCCGACCAUGGCAUAGAGAGCAGGAAGUUCAAGUGUCUUCAGUGUGGGAAAGCCUUCAAGUACAAACACCAUCUCAAGGAGCACCUCCGCAUCCACAGUGGUGAGAAACCGUACGAGUGCUCCAAUUGCAAGAAGCGUUUCUCUCACUCUGGCUCCUACAGCUCACAUCUCAGCAGUAAGAAGUGCCUGACCGGAGGAGGAGGAGGCAGCGGAGGAGGAGGAGAGGGGAGCUAUAACAACGGACAUGGCCACCAUGGGGCCUACUACUCCUCACUUGCGUCGCCCUCUGCAGGUAGUGGAAGGAACAGCAGUAGGAUGGGCUCUCCCUACCUUCCCCACACCCAGGAGGAACGUCCUCCAAUGGGGUUAGUGAGGAACCUAUAUCUCCCUAGAGACCAUGGUACGCGUCUCCUCCGGGGCCAGGAGCUAGGCUGGGAGUUGGGCCGGCGGUGGGACCCCACGCCGGAACGCUUUCUCCGGGCCAGUGUGUUCAAGGAGUCCACCCUGCUGCCGUACCUCCAUGCCGGCACCGGGGAAAAGUUUGAGCAGAUGCUGCAGGCGAUGCUGCACAAGGAGGAGGGAGGGUCUGGCUCAGCCAGGGAGGAAGGAAGACUGGGGGUUCACAAUGGCGGGAGAGAUGGGAAGGCAUCACCGGAGGCUCUGUUGAAACUAAAAUGCGACCGUGCCAGCUCGGGUGAUGGCCAGGGGGUAAUUGGAGGGGUAACAUGUCGUUGGUGCUCCCAGCUCUUUCCCAGCCCCUCGAUCUUACUCCAGCACGAGCGCUACCUCUGUAAGAUUUACCGAGAGGCCAUGGAGGUGUCUGAGGAUCCUCGCAGUAAAAAACACCUCUCCCCCCUCUACUUCUCCACCAGACCCCCUCUCCACCCACCACCAUCACCUGAUAACCACAAACCCCCAGCGAUGACCAACGGUUUCCCGAAAGACAAGUCUCCUCUCCAGAGACCCAGCUGGAACUCUGUCCCUCAGCAGCUGCUGGUUGGCAUGCACUCGCCCUUCCCGCCCAGCCCAGACUCACUUGCCAUGAGGUCCCAAUGGUCCAGCCAGGAGAGUGGCAGGAGUGAGGUCAGCCCUGGCCACCCAGCACCAACCAGCCCUGCUACAGACAUGUCAUCCCCUCCCCCAUUGGGGCGAAGACGGGUCCCCUCUUCAGGGUUCGGCUCGCACCUCUGCCUGGACCUAUCCUCUGCCAUCCUCAACACUCCUGCAAGCCGAGCCGCCCCCCAGGGAAGGACCCAUCGGUCAUAUAGCUCUGAGAAUGACCAACCCCUGGAUCUCUCCCUCCCCAAGCCCCAGGAGGGGAAAGCCAUAGAGGACAGCAAGCCCUAUAAUGGACACCCUCACUGGGAAGAGAAGAGACAGAAGACCCAGAGAGACCAGGCAGAGAACCAGCACCACCGGAGGCUGAGUAUCAAUCUCAGUCCACCUCCUCACCAGCAUCAUGCAGUCUACAGCGGUGCUCAUAUUGACGGGGGUUCCAUCUACAGUGCCUACCCUCUGUUUAACCCUAUGAUGCCUGCUGGGCUAGCUGGCUCAGAGCAUGAUGGGGUUCCCUCCCUGCCCCUCAGCCGUCCAGUUAGCAACCAGGGAUUCCUCUCACCCAUGACCUACAUGAUGGAGUCAGAAACAGACGCUGUGCUGAAGAGGAUCCACCAGGAGAGACGAGCAUUAAUGGGUGAGGUGAUUGGCCGCGGGGGUCUGGACUACCUCUCUCUGAUACAGGAGGGAGGAGAGGGCGAAGGGGGACCAGGGAGAAAGAGACUACAGAAGACAGACGAAGGCCUGUACGCUUGUGACAUCUGUGACAAAACCUUCCAGAAGAGCAGCUCUCUGCUCCGACACAAGUACGAACACACAGGUAAGCGUCCUCACGAGUGCAAGAUCUGCAAGAAGGCCUUCAAGCACAAGCACCAUCUAAUUGAACACAGCCGCCUGCACUCUGGAGAGAAGCCCUACCAGUGUGACAAGUGUGGCAAGCGCUUCUCCCACUCAGGCUCCUACUCCCAACACAUGAACCAUCGGUAUGCCUACUGCAGCCUGCACCAGGACCAGGAGGGGGAUGAGGAGCUUCCUCUAACCCCAGGAGGGCCCAUCGAUGUGGGCCACAUGGCCGUGGACACCCCCCUUUCCAUGGAGGACACCCCAACAUUUCUUAGUGACUCCAGUCUAGAUGGGGGGAUAGAAGGGAGAGUAGAUGAAGAGGAGGAAGAAGAGGAGCACGAGACAGAAGAGACUGAAGGCGGAGGUAUGAAGGAGGCAUGUAGUUUGUCAGGGUCAAGGUCUGGUGAGGGAUUGGGGCCGAGCCCCAGUCUGGUACAGGGGUCCCCUGUGGGGAGGGACAGAGAGAGAGAACAGAGGGAGAGAGACAAAGAGCAGGUCGACAGAUACAAUCAAGAGAGAGAGAGUGCUGGUCUAGGGACUCACGGACUAGAUACCAACCAUCACUGGGACAAAGACACAUUGGAACGAAAUGGAGACCAGAACACAGACACAUACGAGCUGAGCCCGGAAGCUCCAGUGUCACAACAGUGGACAAGUGUGCCAAAACAAUGCAUCAAAACAUGUACAAAUAAGGAUUAAGAGCUGUGUGAAAAUAUAUUUUAAAAAUGCACUGUUCAAAAUAUAGCAAAACUUAUACUGUACAGGUACAGUAAGUGACUUCCAAUGCAAAGCCAUAUGAACACAACCAAAAUAAGAACCACAUGAACUGACAGCAUAACACAAAGUGCAUAGUAAGAGCCAUGGGUAUGAUAUUCACGCUGGUCGGUAUGUUAGCAUGCUCAAUGUUGACCACUACAUACCUAUCAUCACAGCUACCAGUUGACCACUUAAGACUGGUUUAAGGUAAAGGUAAAGGAGUAUGCACUGCAAGGAGAUGUUGUUCAUGUUGUUCUGUAGCAAGCAGUGUUGUUCAAUGUGUUUCCAGAUGCCUUAUCAGUAUAAUACAGUAUUUUUUAUUUGGCAUUACAAGUAUUCACUUUUGAAGGCUUUUAUAUCAGAUUUGACAUCAUAUUCUCCAAAGACCAAGAGGUCUCUACUGUA